CUGAAAGCCAAAUUCCAAUUUGUAUCAGUUUUGAGUGUUGGAAGUUGUACUGGUUACUGCACCACAGGCGGCACCAAUUAUAGCCUACCUGUCGUCAACAUUUUGUUUUUUCUAUUUCUUUUUGUCGCUAAUUUGUUUCAUUUUAAUCAAUCUUUACCAGAACCUUAACAGCAAUCUCAUCAGAUAUCUAAUGGCGGGAGCUGCCGUAUUCCCAAUAUCACCACCAUUUCCCGUCAACUUAUCCUUGUCAUCAACUUGUUUUCUUUCUCCAACUUGUCACUCAUUACCUCUCCGUUUGCUUCUUCACAGAAACCCCAAAUUGAUCAUUUGCCAUGCCAAGUUUGAUGGGUCUUUUGGAGAAGCAGCAGAGAGGAUGUACGGAAUGAACUUUGAAGGAGAUGAAUUGGUGGAGGAAGAGGAUGAAGAAGAUAGCGACGAGGAAGAGGAGACAGAGAGCAGCUUGGAUUUGCUAAUGAGAUUAGUGGGGAGCAUGUUCAGGAAGGUUUCAAAGCGUGCUAGGAAAGCUACUCGUUCUAUACUGCCGGACGUCAUUCCUCCACAGCUUGUUUCUUUUGCAGUUGAUGGAGUUCUAAUUUUGGCUUCACUCUCCAUCUUGAAGGCAUUUCUUGAGGUGAUCUGCACACUUGGUGGUGCUGUCUUUGUAGCAAUUUUGUUGUUACGUGUGCUCUGGUCGGCUGUUUCCUACUUUCAGUCUACUAGCUCAGGUUUUAACGAUGGUGGAAGUUCAUAUGGCAGAACACAACCCGCUGCAUGAUUGAGCCUAGCCACAUACCUUUCAUCUGGUUAAUCAUUAACAAUACAACAGUAAUUCUUAAAACAAAAAAAACUGUUAUUAGCAGUAAAAUGUUCUGUAAGUAAUAGUCACUUAUAAUUUGGCAAUGUGAAUUUUACAUGUUCGAAGAUUUUGGCAGCUUCUACAGGGAGUUGAUUCAUUUUUUGCUUGGAGUUUGCACAUAUUUUCAAAUGACAGAUGAUGAAGCUUUGUGGUUUUUA